AGUCUUUCUCCCAAUCAUCUACUGUAUCUGAAUAUAUAUAUAUAAAUGUGGUCUUGUCUCAGGAGAAAAUAUCAAAAAGUGUUAUCUUGGAUUAUUUAAAAUCAAAUGUUUAAAAACACGGACAAGUACAGAAUGUUUUCUACAUGGACAUCGUUUCUAACACUGGGUUGUGGUUAACUCCCAAAGAGACAGGAAUGUUUGCUAUUUCAGGGGUGUUAUAAGCAGGGAGUAGAUUCAUCAAAUGAUAUUCAUCCAAACCACUUACAAUCAAUAUUCUCUCCAUCAACCUAUCAAUGCCCUGAUCUGUUUUUAUGUGUUAUUUUUAGAUGAGACCCAAGGACCGGGCUCUGAAAACCUUAAAAAAUAUGUUGUGGGCAACGCGGCAGCAGAGACGUUGAAGAGUCCCCUCACCACAGUCUUUCUUCCAAUCAUUUACAUCAUCGUAUUUUUGGUGGGACUUCCUGCAAACAGCAUGGCACUCUGGGUCUUCCUCUUCAGGACCAAAAAGAAGAAGCCGUCAUCAAUUUACAUGGCCAACCUGGCACUGGCUGACCUGCUCUUUGUCAUUUGGAUGCCCCUAAAAAUCGCCUACCACUUAAAUGGCAACAACUGGACCUAUGGAGAGCCGCUGUGCAAAGUCCUGGUGAGCUUCUUCUACGGGAACAUGUACUGCUCCAUUCUGUUCAUCACUUGUCUCAGUGUGCAGAGGUACUGGGUCGUGGCUCACCCUCUGUCCCAGCAGACCAAGAACACCAACGUGGCUGUUGGCGUGUGUGUCUCCAUCUGGGCUUUCAUCUGGCUCACCACCACCCCUCUGUACCUGUAUGACCACACUGUCAAGCUCACAGACCUGAACAUCACCACCUGCCAUGACGUCAACAUCAUAAAAAACUCCACAGAUCCAUUCCCCUCUGUCCGGCUCCCAUACUACUACUUCACCUUCAUGGCCGUCGUUGUGUUCCUCAUCCCUUGUGUAGUGAUCGUUGUGGCCUAUAUUCUGUUACUAAGAGCUCUGGAGAACAGCAUGCAGGAAAUUACGGCAGCAAAGAACCGAUACAGAUCCAGGGUGUUGAUCGUGACCGUCCUGGUGACAUUCAUGCUGCCUGGACCCGUUCAUCUACUACUUUGUGUCCGAGGACUUCAGGAACCACGUGAAGAACACUUUGCUGUGCCGCAGCAGCAGGACUGUGGAGAGGAUGAGAGUUUCAUUCAGCUCCAUGAAAUACUCCAGGAAGAGCAAAAUCAUAGGUUUCAGACACAGGGAACACACAGAGCAGCACAUGUUAGCCAGAUAAAGCAGAGAUAUCGAGCAUUGUGUCUGUGCUUGCACUGUAGUGUUCAGAUAACAAGGAAUCACACAGGUAGUGUUGCACUGGGACACAUUAAAGAUAAGACUGUCAUUUGCAACCAGUUGAACUUGAGGCAUCUCUUAUGCAUGUGAACAUGACUGUGCUGGGAUAAGGAUUGUGUUACUGCAUUAUAAACUGAUGUUUGGUUUUACAACGUGAAACAUUUAUGUAUAUUUUGUUAUAAUUCGUUUCAAUACAAAUAUAGAAAGGGCCUUUUUAAGGCCUGACUUGGCUGCACAGAUAAAUGUGGGUUUCCUAGAUUUUCAGUGCACUGAAGAACCGUUACAAACAAUGUCUGAAAUUAGAGCCAAACUUAACUGAUUUGUGCAGCGGAUAAGUUGUGACUUAUUUUAUGUCAGUCGGACUUUGGUCAAAUCAUUUAGAAAAAUUCCAGCAGGAGGUUUAAACGUAACUUUAACUUUUUAAAGCAAGUGAUGAUGAGGUUUUGAUAUUAUUAAUCUUAAGAGUUAAUGCCCCAAAGAAAAUGGCGUAAUUUUAUGUAAUUUUUUUUUAAAUAAAUGAUAAAACA